GACAAAUUGACCAACCCCAGCUGUUUGUUUUCUUUUCCUGAAAAUUUUUUCUUCGCAUCCCAAAAUUUUGGAGCGUAUAUUUUCAGAAGAUAAAAAUUUAAGUGAAAUUUGUUUUAGAUUUUUGAAUAAUAGAAAGAAGCAAAAAUUUUUUUUAAUAAAAAUUUUAUAAAUAAUUGUUUAAGUAAUGCAAAAGUGAAACAGGUCCCGGUGAUAAUUUCAGACCAGAAUUGGCUGAUUAGCAGUCAAAACACGUUGCCACAGUGGCAAGCAAAGCAGACUAGUUGGUUGGUUUUAAUGAAAACAUCUUUAGAGGACAAUAAGGGCUCAAGCUAUGUCACAUUAAUAGUUGGAUAAUCGUAUAUACGCUCGAAUACAACAUACCUCAUGAAAAAUGCACCUCAAUCAUGCCACUGCAGUGAGUGCGGCCGCCAUGGCCAAUUAUCAGCACUACGCGCCCGCUCAAAUUUCUUCAACACAUGGUGUCACCACAUCAACGGGGCAACAACAGACAACAAUUACGGCAGCCGGUUUACAGCAAACGCCGUUCACGUUACAUCAAUUAACAGCUGUACAGGCUAUCCAACAUCCGACGCAUCAGGCCAUUAUACAUCCACAGCAUCCGUUAGUUCAUUUAUUAGAUAUCUCAACUACGGCCACUACCAAUAAUACCAAUGUAAGUAGUAAUCCGGCUCCUAUCACGCCACUGCCUGUAACUAAGGUUGAGGUAAACGAAGAAGAGGUAGUGGUUGAUGAUCCUCGCAAGAAGAAACAGUGCCACAUAUGCAAAAAUAAGUUCCGCCAGUUGACUACUUUACGUAAUCACAUGAAAAUUCAUACAGAUGAACGGCCAUACAAAUGUAAACAUUGCGAUAAGGCUUUUCGUCAAAUAUCCACCUUGACUAAUCAUGUCAAGAUCCAUACGGGUGAGAAACCAUUCAAGUGCAAUAUUUGCGCCAAGGAUUUCCGCCAACAAAGCACUCUAAUCAAUCAUAUAAAAACACACAAGGUUUUUGCUUCACUUGCAGAGUCAAACGGCGGUAUACCGACUUCGCUACUUAAUUAUCAGCCGCCACAGUCACAAGGCUCUUCGAAAAGGGGUCAUAAUAAAGGUGCAGCCGCUGCUGCUGCGGCUGCUGUCCAGGCCCAACAAUUGCUGCAACAACAUCAGCAGCAACAGGGCCAGGGCGCUUCAGUCAUAUAUACCCCUCAGCAGCGUCAAAACAUUUCGAAGAGCCUGUACAGUGGCAGCUACAAUUCGCCACAAGCCGAUGAACUGGUAAAGCCAUAUCAGUGUCAGAUAUGCAAGCGAAGGUUCCCACAGCUCAGCACUCUGCACAAUCAUGAACGCACCCACAUAGAUCCUAAACCGUAUAAGUGUGACUCUUGCGAAAAGGCCUUCAGUCAGCAGGCAACCCUGGCCAAUCAUAAGAAGAUUCAUUCGGAUGAGAAGCCAUAUGCGUGCGCUUAUUGUUCCAUGACAUUCCGUCAGCAGAGCACGCUCAACAAUCAUAUGAAGACUCAUGCGAAUGCAGUGACCACCAUUACACCAACAGUUACAGCAGGCACAGCCAAUAGCGGACAGGCCAACAACAGCCACAGCCACACAAAUUCCCAUAAUCAACACCACAACCAUAAUAAUAACAUCCCCAUUACAGCAGCCACUGUCGUCGUGGCACCGAACGCUUCGGGUCAUUUACAGCUUCAGCCGCAGCUUCAGAUGGAGCAUCAUCCGUUGUUACAUUUUUUGGACAGCAACACUACAGUGAGCACCCUUAGCACUAAGGAUCAAUUCGCUAAGGAUCAAUUUGCUAAUAAUAAUAAUAAUAACAACAAUCACAACAACAACGCCGCCGGCGGGAAUGCUAAUGGUAAUACGGUUAGUGUAAUCGCGACCUGUUUACGCAAUGAUUGUCCAGAUCGUCCAUUCAUGUGUAGUGUUUGCCGUCGAUGCUUUUCGCAGCAAAGUACACUUACCAAUCACCUGAAGACUCAUACGGGGGAGAAGCCGUACAAGUGCAAAAUAUGCGAAAGUAAUUUUCGCCAACUCUCCACACUCAAUAAUCACAUGAAGAUACAUACCGGCGAAAAACCGUACGCUUGUUCCUAUUGUCCUAAACAAUUUAGACAGAAGAGCACACUCACCAACCAUUUACGCAUACAUACUGGUUGAAAAUUGUUUAUUAACAAGUAGCAGCCGAGCCUACACAACUAUUAUUGUAAUACACACAAACACACACAUACACAUAUAUAUAGAGUAAAUGGUAAACGAUUGAUGCUACGUUAAAGACGAUGAUAAACAUGAUGGUAUAAUAGCAAAAGUAAAAAGAAAAAAAAAAGAGAAGAAAAAGAAAAAAAAAAACAGCCUCUUCAGUAGUUUCUUAGAAACUGCUAAUAGACAAAAAAUGAAAUUUGAAAACGGAAACAAACAAAAAAAAAAAAAAAAA